AUGAUUAUCCUCCUGCAUUCACCACAGGAUAAGUGCAACAAGGGGAUAGGCAUAUGGCUAACGGUGGAAGAGAACGCUCCAGUGGGGACGGUGGUCGGACAGGUGUCAGUACGCGACGCCGACCUAACGGAGACCAACCGCAGAGUGCGCUUCCUGCUACGUGGGCGACCCGAGGACCUCUUCUUAGUGGACAUUGAUCGUGCCACGGGACAACUAAGCAUGCGUCGUCCUGUGGACUUCGAGAAGCAGUCCUCCAUUUCCCUCACCGUCAUAGCCGAGAACGAAGCACCGCUAGCCACCUCACCCGUCGUCGACAGUCCAAUGAGCUCUGCCGCCUACCACACAGAGGCCAACGUAAUCAUCUCUGUGUUAAAUCUCAAUGACAAUCGACCUGAGUUCGUGCUCAUCACCCCUCACCGGAAACACAUCAUCUUCGCCUGGGAACAGCUGCCUCCUGCGGGUGUCAACCAGACAUUGAGGGACCAGCGACGUUUCUGCGAACCCAUCCCCUACAGAGUAAUCGACAGGGACUGCGAUCCAACGAGUCGAGUGCUUUGUUGCACACUUGAGUUGGACAACACUUUUGACGGAAUGUUUGGACUAUUUGGGGAGAUUCCGAACGUCUUAUGUGCUCUCAAAAGGCCUCCGCAACCUCAGAGCUACAAACUUUUGCUGAAGGCUCGUGAUGGUACUGGAAACGAUAGUCUAUCUUCUCAAAUCCAACUUUCGGUAAUAGUAAAGAGCGAACCAGACUACACAAAGUUCAUUCAGAAGGACCCUUCAGUGGCCUCUCCACUGGACUCAGGAAUCGAUGCGGUUGGGGGCAGCUCAGGGGCCCAAGAGGGUGAGAGGGCGGGAGAAGGCAGACCCAGAGGCCCUGGCCAGGUGAGACGACAAUGGAUGCACCUGGAGGUGCAGGAUAGCGAGAAGGAAGAAGAGAAGCUCGCCGAUGCGAUCCCACCUCCCGCCUCCCUCGCCUCCCCCUCUUCCUCUCAACAAAUGAAAAUCAUCUCCGUCCUCGUCUCCAUCGCUGGCAUCUUCUGCAUUCUCCUCCUCUUUAUCAUCGCGGCUCUCAAAUGCGGUCUUCUUGAUAGUCAGUGUGAGCAAGCAAGAGUCUUGACGAUGGGACCCUCCAGCCGUGCAUGGAAUGAGGAAUACCGCGCCCUUAAUGAAAGUUAUCCCAAAAGUGUUUUUUGUGUUGACCAUAAAAUUUCAGCUGGAGAGGGGGCCAAAAAGCAUAAUGGUCGUGAGGGCGCCUACGACAUAUCAAUUCCUUUCAACGCCUCUUCCAUAUCCACCAACAACAACGGUUCGAGCUAUCCCGGUAACGUCACGUCUGGUCCCUGUAUUUUGGGUUCAUACCAAACAAUACCUUCAUCUCCAAAGCUCAUGCAGCAGCGCAAGUUAAUGACGAAACCAUUAACGUUGUCGACAAUCCGGUUCUCCGACCACAUGAGCCUUGAAGUAGCCAAUCGUAUGCCACCAAAACCCACAGCCUACCUGGCUCCUGAUGGGCGCCUUAUACCAAUCGAAGGAGCAGAAUUCUACGGCUUCUCCGACGCUUACCAGACCCUCGAUCCUUCAACUUUUUCAAAAAGUUCAAAAAACUCAAAGGAGAGUCCAGGGCCAGCUGAAGGCUCCAAGGUUACUUUCAAUCUGGAAACGCUGCCCAUAUCUCAGGCCGGUGAAAUGAUGGGCGGCGUAGAGAGAUUUGAACGCCUUCUCAAAAACGACAUUCUUGGUGAGAAGGGUGAUGAUAAAACUAGCGAGGACCCCGAAAAACCCAUUGAUGAUAUUAGACAUGAUCUGGUUAUCUACAAAAAAUCUACUAAGCAUUCAAGUUUUGUGUAG